AUGCGGCGCCAGCGCCUCCUGCUGGACGCAUACCUUGGCAGCGCCGCGUUCGCUGCAGCGCGCGACAGAGUGCUGCGGGCGCCCCCGCACCGCCAGCGGGGCGUGCUGGUCAACGCCGGCGGGCGGAAGCUGCUGACGCACCUGGUCGUGACGCUGCGCGUGCUGCGGCACCACCUCAACUGCACCCUCCCUGUGGAGGUGGCGUGGCACGGGCCCGAUGAGAUGGAUGCCGCCACGCUGGCAGCACUCGACUCCCAUUUUGGACCCGUGACCGGCUUUGACGCCCUCGCGCAGCCGCUGGAGCAGCACCACCGCAACAGGGCCACCUCAUCCCAGGGUCGCCCCGCCAAGCUGGGCCCCUGGCCCACCAAGGUGCUGGCGCUGCUGCGCAGCUCAUUCCGCCAUGUGCUGCUGCUCGACAGCGACUCGCUGCCCCUGGCCGACCCCUCGCGCCUGUUUGACGACCCAUUGUACCAACAGAGAGGCGCCCUCUUCUGGCCAGACUUCUGGCCCAACUGGGUCCAGGAUGACGCCUACCGCCUCCUGGGGCUCAACGCCACAGCAGCUAAGGCGCUGCUGGCCGAGGGCAAGGGCUGGGGGCGGCGCGACUGCGAGAGCGGGCAGCUCCUGGUUGACAGGGGCCGCCACCUUGACGCCCUGGAGGUGGCCUUCUACGCCAACAGCUUCGACGACGUCCUGUACUCACAGGUUCACGGUGACAAGGACCUCUUCCCCCUGGCCUUCGCUGCUGCGGGCAAGGGCCGGGAGUACGCCCAGGUGGUCGUCCCACCUGGCGGUGUCUUCCGCUGGGGCAAAGGGCAACUGGAGGUCAAAGGACAGAAGACCGCAGUUGACGGCUGGCAGCUGGUGGGGGCGAUACAGCACGACAAUUGGGGAGCGCCGGCCUUCUUCCACAGGACCAUGAACAAGCCAAGCCUGGACUCUGAGCAGUGGCCCGCUGAGCUCGUCACUGGGCCCCUUCCCAUCAGGCACGACUUGAAUCCCAAGUACAUGUAUAUCCAACUUUCUCCAUGA